AUGACUAUUAAAUUGGUGGUGGGUGAGUGUACUUUAAACGUCGUUAGCGCGUACGCACCGCAAGUAGGUUGUGAGGAGGAGAUUAAAAGGCGUUUUUGGGAAGGGUUGGAUGACAUUGUUCGUAGUAUUCCGCCUUCCGAGAGGCUAUUCAUAGGAGGGGAUUUCAAUGGCCAUAUUGGGUCGUCUGCAGGUGCGUAUACUGAGGUGCAUGGCGGCUUUGGUUUUGGGAACGGAAUGGAGGGGGCAUCUCAUUGCUGGAUUUUGCCAAGGAGAGGCGAUAGAAGGUUGUGCGAGGAUUGCAAAGUUAUCCCAGGUGAUACCCUUGCAACGCAACAUAGGCUCUUGGUGAUGGACGUUAGUAUUAGGAUAAGAAGGAAACAGAGGUCGGUACGAGGCCGCCCGAGGAUUAGGUGGGACGCCUUGACUAAGGUUAAAGCCCAGGAGUUGGAAGGAAG